UGUUUUUCAACUUAGGCGCGUUGGUGUUUUUGUUGUUUUGCAUUGGCACACGUGUCACUUUGACAUUCGUCGGUUUAGUUUGCAAUUUGCAUUUGACGUGUUAUUUAAAAUUUAAAACUAGUUUCUUUACUCUCCUUUUACAAGAAAACUCCUUACGUCCACCCACCUUGCGCGUAAAAUGCCCAUUUCAGCCCUUUCACACACCUAACCUAAGAUGGACCAACCCUCCGAAGACUCUGUGCCGUUCUACGAAGAAGCGGCAAAUUUCGCCGACAACAGCGAGCCCCCCGUCUCAGGCCACUUCUACUCGGUCUUUAUCCCGCACGACGUGCGCCAGAAGGGCACCCAAACAUGCGACUACAUCUACAAGGACAAGGCCGAAGCCAUGAAGAUGGUCAAGAAGACGAAGAAAGCUCGCUUCAAGCAUUUCGAAUUCUUCCACGAUGCGUUGAAAUUCGCAAGUGUGGGGGCUGCGGAAACGCCGAAUUCCCCACCGGUUGUCAACGGAUCGGUCAAAGGUUUAAACUCGCAGGUUGUUAACGAAAGACUGAGCCCCUUCAAGGGCCCCAAACCUCAGGAUCUCGUCAAGCUACGCAAAGCGAUAGAGACGGGGGAUGUGGACACGUUCAGGCAAGCGGUGUGGGAGAACCCCAGGUAUCUGAUCAGCAGUGGAGACACCCCGUCCAUCCUCCAGGAAGGUUUUCGCUACAAUGCGCUUCACGUGGCGGCGAAAGCGAAAAGUGGAAUUUUGACUGAAGUUAUCUUGAAUACGAUUUCAAAUCCGAAAUUUGUUAAGCUCUUGUAUGGUGAUGACGUCAAUGAAAACGUUGAAAGUCGUAUUCAAGUCCUACUUGACUUGUAUUUAAACACUCCCGACAAGGGUCUGAACGAGACACCACUGCAUUUUGCUGCGAAAUUCGGUGCUGUGGACGUUGUCGAAGUUCUAGUGUCAUUCCCUGAAUGUGAUAAGAGUUUGAAAAAUAAAUACGGACAAACUCCCGAUAUGAUUAUUUGUGAUCGUUGUGACAAUAUUGAAGGAGCGUCUAUUAUUAAAAAGAAAAUUGCUUUGCAUUUAGAAAAUUCAUACUACGUUCCGGUGCUUCGAGCUGAAGAUGAUUCAGUAGCACCAGUGAUUGGUGAGCCGUUUUCACCAGGACGAUCACAGGUCGUCAAUAAGGACCCUCUGAGUCCGCGGCUAGAAAUUCACGCAUUUGCUGGACCAAUGAACAAGGAAGGGGCGGAACAAUUUCGCAAAGUGUGGAAAACUCCGCCCCGAACGAGUACACCAAUCAAGAAGCGAAUCGAUGAUCCAAUGGAUUCAGUUUUUUCGUUGCGUUACACAGACCCGUCGAAAGGUUUAGAGCGAUUGGGUCAAAAACUGGCCAAUAAAUUUGACGUUAACUGGAAGGAAUAUUGGUCGUUUUUGGAUUGUUUUGUUGAUAUUGGCUCUGAUGAAGGUUUAGCUUUGUUGGAGAACUAUCUAACUGCGAAAAUUCAAUCAAUGGAUAACUCGUACUUAUCACCCGAUUCGCCAGAAGAGGCGUCAAAAAAAUCCUUAAGUACGAUUGCGGACCUUUGUCUCCAAAUGCAGAAUUGUAACAUUAACCAAAGUUGCGAGGAAGAGUCCGGUUUUAAUUCGUUUUUAUGUGUUGAAAAGGCUUGUAACGUGUUUGCGAAUCGAAUCGCGAGUGAGAUUUACCAUCGGAUUUUUGAUGAUUUUUCUCUGCAAGUUUCCCUUCUCGAAAUGCAAACCAAACAAGUCGAAUUGUUGAUUUUAAGUUACUUGGAUGACUACCGUUUUAACAAAAUUAACUUCUCGCAAUUGCAUCCCCGGUUAGGUCUCUUAACCAGUCAAAAAUUGUGUUAUUUUAUCGAAAAAUCGGCGCGUAAUAAUUACAUUCAAAACGUUAACAAAUUAGUGACCGAGUGUGUGAAAGCGUUCGAUUGUUUUUCGUCGGAUGACGAGGCCAAUUAUCCGAAAGACAACAAACCAACGUCAUCAAAAAAACAACUGAUUUGUUUGAUGCAAAACAUUUUAAAUAAUUUCACUCAAGAUAGUGAGCCGUGUCUGGAACUGGACGAGGAGCAAGCUUGUCGAGACGCUUGGAUGAAAACAAAAGAGUGCACAUGCAUUUUUCAUUUCAAAAAGUCGCGAAAAACGCUCGGUUUGAGCCGAAAUAACAGUGCAAGGCACUCGCGAUUGAAGACGGCCAAGAAAUUGUUUUUUGAACGCAUUGACGUGGAAACUUCAUCGUCUGAUGAUGAUUUCUACACACCACCUGAAAGCCCGAGCAAAAUUUACGAUUCGGACAAUGAGGCCGAUUUUAGUGAUGUUCCUCUGACUCUUGAAGUGUUUGUCGAAGGGUCACAGCCGACCAAGACCGAUAACGCCCUUUAUAAAGCUUUAAAAUAUUCCGAUUGUUGCAUAACUCCGGGGAAGUACCCGAAUAUUUAUAGGUGGUUCCAUAACGUCGGGCUCUAUUCAGAGGCGGAGCGCCAGAGUUGGCCCCGGUCGAAGAUCAAAACUCCGCCUCACACGUCUUUGGCUACGCCCCCGCGCCACGCCUCCUCGAAAGCAACGUUCCAAUCGCCUUCUUCCAGUUCGUGGCUCCGAAUCACCGGUGCGAACUCACCUCGAGCAAGUCUUCAAAAACUAAACUAAGGAGAAACAUUUUUAUUUGUGCCUAAACUAAUUGAGUGUCAAUUUUAUAGUUAUGUAUUAUAUUUUGUACAAACAUUUCUAUUUUGUUAACUGUUUCACUGAGUGAGAAAUAAACUAUUUUGUAACUA